UCUAAAAAAUACGGAAGUGUUAUUACGGAAAUGCUGUUUACGUUGUUAUGUUGCUGUUCAAGUUGUUAUAAUUAUAUACGUGUGUUGAGAUAGCACGUUGUUAACACGUUUUUAUAUUAUUAUAUAAAUUAUACUUGGAUCAAAAAAAACUUUGAGCAACGACACUUGCUGCAGUAUCAUGGAACAAUGAAAUAAAACACUCAACACUUGAGAACGCCAGCGAAUCUCGCAUUUGAUGCAGUGAACAACAAAGGCUGCUAGGAUGGAUGAUAUCUACACUUUACAACAGGAAUUGGGACGAGGCAGCUAUGGAGUGGUCUUCAAGGGACGUGUAACAGAGACUGGCUGUUGGGGCGAGAGGGGUGACACGGUGGCCAUUAAACGUCUACCAUGUUGUAGCCCAGAGAGUAUAGAGCUCUACCUGCAGGAACUGUGGGCUAUGAGAAUCACAGCACGAAACCACCCCAAUGUCAUCGCUCUAUACAACUGCCUCUUACAGACUGGACCUAGAACACUGCAACCCCUGAAAUCAGGGAGGCUUCCUUUGGAUUUAGUGGAGAGUGCUCUCAAAGGGAGAGUGGUGGACAAAGACUCAAAAACCCAAGUGAGGAAUCCCUCCAAGUCAAAGAGGAGGCUGAUGUCCACAGAGGAGGUUCCCAGGCGCUGCUUUGCCCUUUGGUUGGUGAUGGAGUACUGUGAAGGAGGGGAUUUGAGCCAGUACAUCCUAUCCAGGCCGCCAGACGCUGAGUGCAACUAUGCAGUGCUUCAACAACUCGGUAGUGCCAUUGCGUUCCUGCACAGGCAUGGAAUAGUGCACCGUGAUAUAAAGCCAGAUAAUGUUCUUGUCUGUCUUACUAAAACGGGACCGGUCAUGAAGGUGGCAGACUUUGGCCUCAGUAAGAUGGUGGACAAUGCUACAGAUGGUGUCCAGAGUAGACUGGCUCUUUCCUCUACCUGCGGCUCAGACUUCUAUAUGGCUCCAGAAGUUUGGGCAGGUCGUAGUUAUACAGCCCAGGCUGACAUCUUCUCUCUGGGUGUGCUUUUCUGGGCUGUGCUGGAGAGAAUCACUUUCCUAGAGGAUGGCGCCAAUCAAGAACAACUGGGUUAG